UCCCUGCCGGGUGUGUGCGACGGCAGAGUUGUGUAUUUGUAAUUUACUUUAUAAUAAUUGUAAACAAUGUUUAUUAGAAAUUAUAUAAAAAUUUAAAACUAGAAAUUGUGUAAUCUAUCCGCUAAUGUCACAAAACAAAGUUUACCUAAGUUUUUCGCUUUGAUGUGAGGUUCUCGUGCUUUGUCUUCGUGUGUGACAAUAUACUCAAAAUGGCGCAUCAACUGGCCCCGUCUGUGAAUUGUUCAUUAGACGACAUUGACCUCAGUGCACUAAAGGACCCCGCUGGCAUAUUUGAACUGAUAGAGGUAGUGGGAAAUGGCACCUAUGGCCAAGUAUACAAGGGUCGGCACACAAAAACUGGGCAACUUGCAGCCAUCAAAGUUAUGGAUGUCACACAGGACGAAGAGGAAGAGAUAAAACUUGAAAUCAAUGUUCUGAAAAAGUACUCCAACCACCGUAACAUUGCCACAUACUAUGGUGCUUUCAUAAAAAAGAGUCCUCCAGGCAAAGAUGAUCAGCUCUGGUUGGUCAUGGAGUACUGUGGUGCUGGUUCUGUAACAGAUUUGGUAAAGUCCACCAAAGGCCAGUCUUUAAAGGAAGAGUGGAUAUCUUACAUAUGCAGGGAAAUCUUGAGAGGUCUCAGCUACUUGCACUCCAACAAAGUUAUACACAGAGACAUCAAGGGGCAGAAUGUGCUGCUCACAGACAAUGCUGAAGUUAAAUUGGUGGAUUUUGGCGUAUCUGCACAGCUUGACAGAACAAUUGGGAGGAGAAAUACUUUCAUUGGUACCCCAUACUGGAUGGCGCCAGAAGUUAUUGCUUGUGAUGAGAACCCUGAUGCAACUUACGAUAAUCGCUCUGAUCUUUGGUCCCUUGGUAUCACAGCCCUUGAGAUGGCUGAGAGUCAACCACCUCUAUGUGAUCUUCAUCCUAUGAGAGCUUUGUUUCUGAUUCCAAGAAACCCACCACCUCGCUUAAAGUCAAAGAAGUGGGCUAAGAAGUUUCACAGUUUCAUUGAGACUGUGCUUGUCAAGGAUUACCAUCAGCGGCCAUACACUGAACAGCUCCUAAAGCACCCCUUCAUAAGGGACCAACCAACAGAGAGGCAAGUGAGAAUACAGUUGAAGGAUCACAUAGACAGGUGUAAAAAGAGAAAGCAGGACAACUCAGUCCGGGAUGAUUACAAGUAUUCGGGGUCGGAAGGGGAAGAAGAAGAGAACGCCGUGGCGGGUGAGCCGUCGUCAAUUGUACACAAUGCACCACACCAGGGCGGCGACACGCUGCGCCGCAACUUCCAGCAAAUCCAGGAGGGCAGAGCCGCACCCGAAGCGCCUCAGCCGCAGCCGCCGCCAAAGCGCAACAGCAAACGUGAGGAGCGAGAGGAAAUCCCAGAACCGGGCCCGCCAGCGAGACCUAACAUUCCGCAAAGACUGAUUGUUGUGCCGGAUCCUCAGGCACAACAGCCUAAUAGAUAUAGGCCUCUGCCCCCGACGCCCAAGUCGUCGGGCUCGUCCAACAGCUCUGGCUCCAACAACGGGACGCCGCCAGCCAGCGGCCCGCAGCCCCCGCAGCGCGGCUCGCACCACAUGUUCAAACCUAUGCCGCAACUGCCACCGCGAAGGCCAGAGGACUUGGAUAAGUUAGCAGCGCAACUGAACGAGCUUGGUGUGGUGUCCGGCAACGAACCACCUAACCGACCACCACGGGCGCCUACUAAUGGGCAAGGUCCGCCGGUGGAGCGCAACCCGCCCGAGCCGCCGUUUGACGACUCGGACAGUGACUCCGACGCCGAGGAGAGCGGCGGCCGCGUGCGCAACGACGGCACUCUGCUCGCCUCCGACCCGCCCAAACCACUGCCGGGGCUGAGCGCCGUGAGCGAGGACGGCGCGGGCGGCGGCGGCGCCCCCACGCGCCCGCUGCCGCCCACGCCCGACGACGACGACGCGCACCCCGACCGCACGCUCGUCAUGAAGCGGAAAGAUAACGUGGAAAAGGAUAAAAGGCAGUCGGAUGUUGACGAAGCCGUGCUUCUGAAGGACUGGGACUUUGCAAGAUUUUUCCCAUCAAAGAGCGCCGCGGGCGCUGGUCAGGAAGAAAAAGCAGACCCCAGUAAAGAGGUGGAACUGAAACGAGCGCAACUGCAACGUCAGUCGAGGAUAGAAAUGGAAGAUGCGUGGGCCAAGUACAAAGCCAUCGCUACUCCUCCGUCGCGCCACAAACAGCUGUUCCAAAAGCCCAGUGAAAAAUCAACGCAAGAUAAACUUUCCGACAUACUGAAGUUUAAAAAGGAACAAGACUCAGAGUCCAGUUCUCCGAAUCGCUUCUUUAGAGGCUUUAGAAGGGAGAAUUCCGACCUCUUCCCGUUGUCGAGUACUAGACACUCCGCCAUAUACUUUCCGAAGCACGAAAGCCCGGCAGGAGCGAGUAAACAGUUACGAUCCAGUGGCAUAUUCAACAACUCUCGUAAGCAAGUGAUCAAACCGCCGGCAUCAGGGGAACCUAUAUUGACAGAUUUUAUAAAAAUGAAUGACAGCCUCAAGAUGUCGGCACAGGGAGAAAUAAAGAAGACUGAUAAAAAAAUGGCAGAAAAGAAAACCCCAGUGAACAACCCUAUAGACGCCCUGAAGAGCGUGGCAGCGCUGAUCAGGCAGGAGAGCGAGAGCAACGGGCCGAGCCGGCAGAGCAGCGUGAACAGCGACUCGCCGGCCGCCAGCGUCUGCUUCACGAGCAGUGCCUCCUUCGAGAAGCAGGGCUCGCCCGACCUCACGCACGAUACGCCCGCCUCUCCCCCCACCUCCGCCACAACCGACGCCAACAUUGUCAAACCUCGUAGAGAAAAGACUGAAUCUGAUAUAGUAUUUCGAAGAAAUUCCAAUUAUAAUCGGCACGCAGAGCUCGUAGCGAACUGUGGGCAGGAAGCGGUACUCGCUCAGGAUCAGGGUCGUUCGAGCGGCAACGAGGGCAGCGGGUCGCGGACCAGCUCCGUGCUCCCGGACCUGCUGAGUCAGGCGGGGCAGCCCACCACACCGCCGCGACACGACAAAUCCACCAGCGAGGAGUACAGGCAAGCCGUGUCGGGCGGCACCCCGCUGCCGCACCACCAUGCGCCGUCGUCGGCGCAGUCCACGCCGUCCAAGUCGUUCGUGGCGGCCGCGCCGCACGCGCCUCACGUGUCGCACACCCCGCACUCCCUACAACACUCCCCUUCCAACUCGUCUGUGGGCUCCCAAAACCAAUUCCUUCCGUUACAACAGAAGCAGCGCUCGUUCCUCACGUUCGGCUUUGGCGCGGGCUCCACCGGCAGCGGCACGGGCGGCUCCGGCGGCAACUCGUCGCGCCGCGAGAGCCACGUCAACGUCAACGUUACGCCCACCGGACACGACCUGUCUUCCGACACGCCAGAGAUACGCAAAUACAAGAAGAGAUUCAAUUCAGAGAUUCUUUGUGCCGCGUUAUGGGGAGUAAAUCUUCUGAUUGGCACAGAGAACGGUUUGAUGCUGCUUGACCGUUCGGGUCAAGGCAAAGUAUAUCAGUUGAUCUCACGACGCCGCUUCCAACAGAUGGAAGUGUUAGAAGGACAAAACAUUCUAGUGACAGUAUCGGGGAAGAAGAAUCGCGUACGCGUGUACUACCUUAGCUGGUUGAAGUCAAAGAUCUUGCGCACUGAUGGACUGAGUGACCAAGUCGAGAGGAGGAAUGGCUGGAUCAAUGUGGGUGAAUUGCAAGGAGCAGUCCACUUCCGUAUUGUUAAAUACGAACGCAUUAAGUUCCUUGUAAUUGCCCUAAAAGACUCCAUUGAAAUUUACGCAUGGGCGCCUAAACCAUAUCACAAAUUCAUGGCCUUCAAGAGCUUUGGCGAGCUACAACAUAGGCCUCUACUAGUAGAUCUUACUAUCGAAGAAGGCAUAAGACUGAAAGUGAUCUAUGGCUCAGCUGAUGGCUUCCAUGCUGUGGAUCUGGACAAUGCUACAGUCUACGAUAUCUAUAUCCCAAAGCAUACACAGGGCGCUAUUAUACCACACUGUAUUGUACCUCUUCCUAAUUCGAAUGGCGUACAGUUACUGUUGUGUUACGAUAAUGAAGGAGUAUACGUUAAUACCUAUGGACGCGUCAGCAAAAAUAUAGUCCUUCAGUGGGGCGAAAUGCCGACGUCUGUCGCCUAUAUUGGUACAGGACAAAUUAUGGGAUGGGGCAAUAAAGCAAUUGAGAUUCGUUCAGUAGAGAGUGGACACCUUGACGGCGUAUUUAUGCACAAGAAAGCACAACGACUCAAGUUCUUAUGUGAGCGCAACGACAAAGUAUUCUUUUCUUCGGCCAAAGGCGGUUCCUCUUGUCAGAUAUACUUCAUGACGCUCAACAAACCGGGCAUGGCCAACUGGUAGUGGCAUGGCGCGAGCGUCGAGCGCCCCCGAUCUGUGAUGUAAGCGACACACCAGACCCUCGGUCCUUACUGCAUAUGCCACUAGUUUAGUCAUUAUUACAUACAUGCUACAUGUGCUUUGGCCAUUUGAAAUUCAAAGACUUGUGAUAGUGACAGAUUAUUAUGUGCUCAAAAGACAAUCCACAAAUCAUUUAUACAUUCGAGUAUUUGAGGACCCUUUACUAAAUGUGGCAUUUUUGUACUGAAGAUUGUAAUUUCAAUACAAGCUACUAAGGAACUUAUAUUAAUAUUAAGCAAUAACCUUUAGGAUAAAAUGUUUUGAUAUUGACGAUUAUUCGUAAGUUAGUUAAUAUUGCUUAGGUUUUAUUACAUUAUAUGUUGCAGUUGGUUAAUUUCUAAAAGAAAAUGUAAUUCAAAUCAAAACUAUUGAUUCAUAUAUGCCAUAUUAUAUUGUUUAUAAUGUUAAGCUAGGUGGUGAAGUCAGAUAAUUAUUUGGAUACAAUUUUGUUUACAAAAUGAUUACAAAGGACAUUGCCAUUUUGACAAAUUAUAAAAUUAUUGACAAAUUAAAAAUAAACAAAAUACAAUUAUUACAUACUGUAAAUUAUUAUUCAAUCUUUUUAAAUACAAAUUGGCAUUUAGUCAAGUCACUUUGUAUCAUAUUAUCACACCAAACAACAAUUUUAUUAAUGGAUAAAUCCUUAAAUUGGUACUAUUUAUUAUUUAUUUGUUAUUGUGUACUAUAUUUUUUACAUGUAUAAAAGUGUAACUGUGCAUAUUGAAAAUUAUAUAUUUGAUGACUUUUUAUUUGAAAACAACUUAGCCCAUUAAAAUUCAAAAAAUA